AUGGCCCUUUCCAAAUUGUGCCGCGUAUGCCUGAAAGAAAGAGAUUGCCUUAUUGAUCUUUUUGUUGUUGACAAGGAGGAGCCGACCCUGGCCGCCUUGUUGUCCGAGUGCUCCGGAUGCAGUGUGGUCCAACUGGACGGAAAGCCGCAAUUCAUCUGCUUGAUGUGCGCGGACGCCACGAGGAUCUCCUUCCGGCUGAUCCGCUUGGCCCAGGCCAGCGAUCAGCACAUGGACAUGCUGCGCUUGAAGGCGACCAAUGACGACCAGGCUGGGCAGGGGCCCAGUACCAUAACCAAGGAGGAGUUGGAUCUGCCAGAGGAUGAGCAGUCUGCGGAGUGGGACUACCAACCUGUAGUCUUUCCCGACUCCCCUCCCAGUAGCUCAACCAUGCAGGAGAAGGCGGCAGGCGAGGAUCUGGGCCAGGAUGAGGAGAAUCCGACGUGGGAUGAGGAGGACGAGUUUAGAGGAUUUGACUACUCACCUCGCAGUCAAAUUUCCGAGGAUUGGCAGGAGAUGAAUCCGGCUGAGGAGUCAGACGAUCAACCUGCAGGAUUCACCUACCCCCCGAUCAGUGCUCAUUCCGAGCAGGAAGAGGAUGAGGAUCAGGACCAGGAGGUGGUGCGAUUUGCCUAUUCGCCCAUCCCUAACCACUCCGAGCAGGGGGAGCAGGAGGAGGAGGAUCUGCCUGAGGAUCCUGAACCUACAGCCUCCAAGCCGAAACCCAAACCCAAACCCAAACGCAAGUCCAAACCCUCUGCCAAUGCAAGAGCGAAAAAGUUUUAUUGUAAGCAUUGUAAUAAAUAUUAUAAAGAUCUGGAUGCCCAUGCCCGAAAGCACAAGACCGACGGCCACUUCAAGUGCCCCAAGUGCGCCAACUUCUACGUUAACAACAGCAGCUUGACGGCCCACAUUCGCACCCACACGGGCGAACGACCUUUCACCUGCUUGUACUGCGAUAGUCGUUUCCGGCAGAGAGGUGCAUUUCUGAAGCACGUUAGGAAUAUGCAUCCCCAAAAGUAUCCCUACGUCUGCAAGCUCUGCUCAUUUGGCAGCACUCGCAUGAAAGACCUCAAGAAUCACAUUAAGAGCAGCCACCACGACUAA